GUAAGGUGCAAGGUUUGUGCUCCCACUAGACCCCCAGCGCCCGCCGCUCACCGGGGCCAUGUGACCCCCUCCAGCCAGCUGUCACCACAUCCCUCACAGUCUCACCGGGUGGGAGCCCAUGAGUGCACACUCCGCUCUCACUGGGAUUGCCUGAGUUGCUCGGCGGCUAGCGGACAGUGAGCUCACCAUGGAGGACAAACUUUCCCAGGACAUGGACCCAGGUACCUUCUCCGCUUCAUCAUCCUCAUCACCUUCCUCCUCGGGCUCAGAGACCCUGUCUGAGGGGGACCCCAAAACCUCAACCGGGGGGAGCUGUACUGACUGUGACUCUGAGGGUCCCCACUCCCCCCAGCAAGGGGGAGCAGAGAGGAGAGCUGCAGGGGGGCAGGACAGAGGGGAAGAGGACGACGAGGAGCUUGACAAUAUAUUAUCCCCGCCACCCAUGCAGUCACGGAAAUGCAGCAAUCCUGAAGUCUCGUUUAGAGUUGGAAAAUCUGGGAAGUAUAAAAAGCAGCUCAGUGAAGAUGGUCGGCUUCUCAGGAGAGGGAGCUUGGGAGGCGCACUGACUGGGAGAUAUUUGCUUCCUGCUGGGGCAGUUCAACCAACUUGGCAGGCAUCAGCAGAGGCAUCCAAUCUUGUACGAAUGCGAAGCCAGGCUCUUGGACAAUCUGCGCCCUCACUGACAGCAAGCCUGAAGGAAUUGAGCCUUCCAAGACGGGGAAGCUUUUGUAGAACGAGCAACAGGAAAAGCUUAAUUGGCAGCAGUCAAUCUCCAGCCCUUCCUCGACCCCAUUCUCCUCUUUCCGCCCAUACAGGAAGCAGCCCUCAAGACAGCCCAAGGAAUUUCUCACCUAGUGCUUCGGCUCAUUUUUCAUUCGCAAGAAGAACCGAUGGACGGCGCUGGUCUUUGGCGUCAUUACCUUCUUCAGGAUAUGGAACAAACACUCCGAGCUCUACUGUGUCUUCAUCCUGCUCUUCCCAAGAGAAGUUGCACCAGUUACCAUACCAACCAACACCCGAUGAACUCCAUUUUUUGUCCAAGCAUUUCUGCACUGAAAGCAUUGCCAGCGAUGACAGAUGCAGGACCACUCCACUGCGCCCACGAUCCAGGAGUCUCAGCCCUGGACGUACGCCGGCAUGCUGUGAUCAUGAAAUAAUUAUGAUGAACCAUGUAUACAAAGAGAGGUUCCCAAAGGCUACCGCUCAGAUGGAAGAGCGGCUACAGGAGAUUAUCACAAACUAUUCUCCUGAUAGUGUGCUCCCUCUGCCAGAUGGAGUUCUCAGCUUCACCCACCACCAGAUCGUUGAGCUUGCUCGGGACUGUCUGGAUAAAUCCCAUCAGGGCCUGAUAACCUCAAGGUAUUUUCUUGAGUUACAACAGAAACUGGAAAAAUUGCUGCAAGAGGCCCAUGAACGAUCAGAAAGUGGAGAACUGGCAUUUAUUAAACAGUUGGCACAGAAAAUACUAAUUGUGAUUGCACGACCUGCUCGAUUAUUGGAAUGUCUGGAAUUUGAUCCCGAAGAGUUUUAUUACCUGUUAGAAGCGGCAGAGGGCCAUGCUAAGGAGGGUCAAGGUAUUAAAACCGAUAUUCCCAGGUAUAUUAUAAGCCAGCUGGGACUUAACAAGGAUCCCUUGGAAGAAAUUGCUUUGUUGGCCAACUAUGAUAGUGGAACCGCAGAAACUCCUGAAACGGAUGAAUCUGUCAGUAGCUCAAACACAUCCUUGAAAAUUAGAAGAAAGCCUUGUGAAAGCGAUUUUGAAACGAUUAAACUUAUUAGCAAUGGUGCUUACGGGGCUGUUUACCUUGUCCGUCAUAAAGAGACACGUCAGAGGUUUGCCAUGAAAAAGAUCAACAAGCAAAACUUAAUCCUCCGAAAUUCGAUUCAGCAGGCAUUCGUGGAGAGAGACAUUCUAACAUUUGCUGAAAAUCCAUUUGUUGUCAGCAUGUAUUGUUCAUUCGAGACAAGGCGCCAUUUAUGCAUGGUCAUGGAAUAUGUAGAAGGUGGAGAUUGUGCGACCUUACUGAAGAACAUGGGUCCACUGCCAGUUGACAUGGCACAGUUGUAUUUUGCUGAAACGGUUCUGGCAUUAGAAUACCUCCAUAAUUAUGGAAUUGUGCAUAGAGAUUUAAAACCUGACAACUUAUUGGUUACAUCCAUGGGACAUAUAAAGCUUACAGAUUUUGGACUAUCGAAAAUGGGCCUUAUGAGCAUGACAACCAACUUGUACGAGGGUCACAUUGAGAAAGAUGCUCGAGAGUUUCUUGAUAAACAGGUUUGUGGUACACCGGAAUAUAUUGCUCCAGAAGUGAUCUUGAGGCAAGGUUAUGGGAAGCCUGUGGAUUGGUGGGCAAUGGGAAUUAUCCUGUAUGAGUUCCUGGUUGGUUGUGUACCAUUCUUUGGGGAUACUCCAGAAGAACUUUUUGGUCAGGUUAUCAGUGAUGAAAUAAAUUGGCCAGAUAAAGAUGACGCUCCAUCAUCUGACUCUCAGGAUCUAAUUACUUUAUUGCUCAGGCAAAAUCCACUGGAAAGACUGGGGACAGGUGGUGCCCAUGAAGUUAAGCAGCAUCCUUUUUUUUGUGCCUUGGACUGGAACAGUUUACUUAGACAAAAAGCAGAAUUCAUUCCACAGUUGGAGUCUGAGGAUGAUACUAGCUAUUUUGACACCCGUUCUGAAAAGUAUCAUCAUAUGGAAACCGAAGAGGAAGAUGAUACAAAUGAUGAGGACUUCAGUAUGGAAAUUAGGCAGUUUUCUUCUUCCUCCCAUCGCUUUUCAAAGGUGUUUAGUAGCAUUGAUCAACUAAUGCAAAGCAAAGUAGAGGAAAAGGAUGAUCCAGAAGAAAAAUCAAAGAACCUGAAUUUACCACCAGUGGAAUCACUAAGCUGGAGCUCUGAAUAUUCUGAAAUGCAACAGCUGUCUAUAUCAACAUCCUCUGAUACAGAAAGUCAUAAUCAGAAACAUAAUGUCAACUUGCUGCCCAAGUUCGCCAUUUCUUCUGAUGCAGAUGUACCCUGUGCCUCGGAUUCACAACAAGAGGGUGAUAAGUCUGCUCUAAUUUCUGAGGACUCUCCACAAGAGGAUCCAGAUAUCAGCAUUAGCAGUUCUACAGUAUCAGUGAGUAGUUUUUCAGAGCACUUAGAUCAGAUAAAUGGAAGAAGCGAGAGUGUGGACAGUACAGAUAAUUCCUCAAAGCCCUCCAAUGAAACAACUUCUCUUAUGGUGCGUCAGCGAUUAGAAAACACAGAGAAACAGAACAUGUCUGGAAAAGUCACUAAGUCCAUCUCUGCUAGCGCUCUCUCUCUUAUGAUCCCCGGAGACGUUUAUAGCGUUUCUCCAUUGGGAAGUCCUAUAUCUCCACUGUCCUUGUCUUCAGACCCCUCCUCAAGAGAUUCAUCUCCCAGUCGCGACUCCUCCAUCUCCUCUUCCUCUUUCUGUCCGAGGCAGCCAAUCAUCAUUCAGAGUUCUGGAAAGAAGUUUGGUUUCACUCUUCAGGCCAUCCGAGUGUUUGUGGGUGACAGUGAUGUCUACACAGUUCAUCACAUCGUCUGGAGUGUGGAAGAAGGAAGCCCUGCCUAUCAAGCAGGUCUUAAGGCUGGUGACCUUAUUACGCACAUUAAUGGCGAGCCAGUUCAUGGGCUUGUUCACACAGAGGUUAUAGAACUUCUUCUAAAAAGUGCGAAUAAGGUAGCAAUCACCACGACUGGCUUUGAGAAUACAUCAAUCAAAACUGGUCCUGCAAGACGAAAUAGCUACAGAAGCAGAAUGGUUAGACGCAGUAAGAAAACCAAGAAGAAGGAGAAUAUAGAACGGAGGAGGUCUUUCAUCAAAAAACUGACGAAGCAACCAUCUUCGCUCCUUCAUACCAGCCGAAGCUUUUCCUGCUUAAAUAGAUCACUGUCCUCAGGGGAAAGUUUGCCUGCAUCACCUACCCAUAGUGUGUCUCCUAGAUCACCUACUCCAAGUUGUCGUUCUACACCAGAUUUCCCAUCGGGUGCAAAUUCUUCACAGAGCAGUUCCCCAAGUUCUAGUGCUCCAAAUUCCCCAGCGGGUUCUGGCCACAUAAGGCCAAGCACUCUUCAUGGCUUGGGUCCUAAAAUUGGUGGACAAAGAUACAGGUCUGGACGACGAAAAUCUGCUGGCAGCAUACCACUUUCCCCUUUGGCAAGAACACCAUCCCCAACACCUCAGCCUCCAUCGCCUCAGAGGUCUCCUUCUCCUUUGUCUGGGAAUUCAUUGGGAACUUCAAAAGCAACCCCAAACAUUCCUGCCAAAAUGCACUCUCCACCAACAAUUGUAAGACAUGUUGUCCGGCCUAAAAGUGCUGAACCACCAAGGUCUCCUUUGUUAAAGAGAGUACAGUCAGAAGAAAAACUAUCACCAUCAUACUGUUGUGAAAAAAAGCACUUAUGUCCUCGCAAGCACAAUUUCGAUAUAUCCAAGGAAGAAAACCACAAUCACAAACCAUCACCACAAAGGGAUGUAAUUCUGCAAAGCUUAGAAGAGGUUACAUGUGAUGCUCCUUCCUCAACAAGGGUUAGACCUGUAGAGCAAGGUUGCCUGAAACGUCCAGUGUCAAGAAAAUUAGGACAACAAGAGUCAAUAGAUGAUCUAGACAAAGAGAAACUGAAGACCAAAAUAGUAAUGAAGAAACAAGAUAUGUUGGAAAGGCAAGAUUCUAUUUUAAAACAAAACAUAAUUCUUGAUUUGCAUAAUGAUCUAAGUAAUGCAAACUUGUUGGGACAGGAGGAGAAAGAACAAAGAGAACAUGCAAAUCCAUUAAAGAGAUCAAGUAUAUCGGAGAGUAAAGGUUCUGCUUAUGAGAGUUGGUCUGGAGGCAUUCUGUAUAAAGAUGCUUACUGUAAGGGUAUAAAUUCACGAGCUAAUGGUGCCAACAUUUCUUUAGAGGCUCAGCAAUUCUGCCAUGGGGCACAGCCACCUGAAACUGCUCACAUAUCAUAUGAACUAAAGAAAAACCCUGCUUCGUGUUCUCUCCAAGAAAAGCUUCCUCAUUUAUCCGACAGGAUAUUAAAGGAUGAAAGCUUAGAAAAAUCAACUAGCAUUGAUUAUUUUAGAAAGAAAAAAUCAUUUGAAGAGAAGGAUGGGAGUCUUUGCCCAGUCUCACAAAUAAAACCUGCAUUUUUGCACACCGAUUCAAUGACAUCUCUUGAUAAUAGAGCUUGCAUUCCUAUUACUCAGAGUAUACCUAUUUCUUGUACACCACUAAAAGCCUCUACGAUCAGAUCUGAAAAUAAUGACAAGUCACCUGUCACAGCCUCUGAGACUUCUGUACGAAAAAGUCCUUCUGAAUUUAAAAUGGAAACCAGGUCAGUAUCUUCUUUGAAACCAAUUGAAGGUACUUUAGACAUAGCAUUACUAUCAGGACCAAAAGUUUCAAAACUGGAAUCUGACUGUACACCAUUAGACAAAAAGUGUUACCAAAAUCCAAAAACUGUAGAAUCAAGUGUUACUUCAAAUCCUGAAGGUUCUCGGAAGCCAGAUAAUAAAAGUACAUUAAUAUUUGGGAAAUCAAGUUCAAACUGCCUAAGCCAGCAUUCUGUGCACCAGGGAUCCAUUAAGGAAAAGCCAAAUGGAUCGUCGCGAGCUGAUUUUAGUGCCAUUGAGAAUUGUCAAAAUGAGGCUUUGGGAUCCAAAGGGAAAGACACUGUUGCUGAGGUUGCAAACUCUGUUCAAAGUCACACAUUGGGAGCUGCUCAAUCCACAGUAAGAUAUUCAGUGGCAAAUGCAUCAGAGGCUUUUGUGAAAGGUAAUAGACAAGAGAUGAAAAAUCAGGACAUGACCUCUGUCAAAUCUUCAUUUGAGCAAAGAUUUACUAAACCCAUUUGUGAAAGGACAGAGUCACCCAGGGAACCCUGUGAGGAUAAUGUUAGAACUACUUUGACAAAUUCUAGUAACUGUGAAAAAUUAAUGUCUGCACUGAGCAAGGCAGAACAAGUAAAAGCGCAGUCAACAAAACUGAAGCCAGAGAAUAACCAAAGCAUAGGUAAGGCUAAGCUGGCAACAGGAAGGAAUGCAGAACUUUCCACACUUUUUGAGCAUUUAGGUGAAAAACCAUCCAAUACAAAAAUCAAUCCAUCACCUACUUUCUGCAGUGUGCAAGGUACAACAUUACAAGAAAUUACCCUUCAGCAAAAAAAUUGUUCAGGUGUAUUGGAGAAGAAGCAAGCUCAUCUGCCAGUUAGUAAAGAAAUCAUACCAUCCAUUGCAAAGCCACAGGCUGCCGCUAAAAGUAUGUACUCUUCUGACACAGACGAAAUAAAAAUAAAAUCCACUACACUCAUAAAAGAACAACAUCGGUCUGCUCGUAUGCAACUGGAUGACUGUAUCAAUAAAUCAAAAAUGGGAAUUGAGAGUAAAUCUAGUCACUUCAAAGCAACCCAGUUGGACAAGCUUUCAUCCAUACAAAAUCUCAACCUGAAAAAGAAAGAAUCAAGUAUUCAGCAAGUCAUGGGAUCUGUUAAUCUUGAGAAUGUUGCUGGUAUAAAUUUGUGUUCCCAUUCACAAAUUAAAGAAUCCACUAAAACAGAAAGAAGUGGUGCUUGUUCCGUUUCUAGUGGAAGUGCAAAAAGUAUCCCUGGUGUGACUGCCCAUGAAAGUUUUUCUAAUGGAAGUCCAAUACCAAAUUCAGAUAGUCACUUUUGUCCCAACACAUUUAAACCCAAUGAAUGCUCUGCAAAAUCUCACUUAAAAGAAAAAACGAGUCAACAUCCCAAGCUUGCUCGUGUCAUGGCAACUAAAGGCUGUAUUCAGAGCCGAUCAUCUCUGGAAAACAUGGAACCUGGAAUGUAUGCUAAAGAUAAAGCACAGCAAAACAAAUGCACUGAAGCACUUUAUGCCCUAAAAGACAAUGGGGAAACUAAGUUUAGUUGCAAUGUUACAAAAAGAGAUACCAAGGAAGUGACUGUCGAAAAGCCAAAACUUGGUAUAUCUACAGACUUUAUAAGAAGAGAAAUGGAGGUCAGAAAGGUGCCAAGUGAAGCAGAUAACAGUGGUUCUUCUUUGCCUAUAGCUAAAACUUUGCACAACGUUGAAGGUUUAUCACCUAAAACACGUUCUUUUGAAUGUUCUGUAAGCACUUGUAAAGAUAAUGAGCAAAACCCGACUAUGAGUAGCAAGUCUAAGAAAGAUGUUCCUCUAUCCUCUAGCAAAGCAAAUGCCUUAUCAAAGGAAGACAAUGUACCCACUAAAUCUGCUUCAGAAAAACACCCCUGCCUUGUUACAAAUACUGUAAAUACAGUGGCAAAUCGAAGAGAUCCACCUUUGUCUCCCGUUAGGAAAAAUACAACAAAAAACUUUCCCAAAUCACCAGCACCACUACUUGAUAAUCCCGGUGCACUUUCCUCUGACAGAGACAGUAAAGGACAGAAAAGAGGAAAGGACCCAUCACAGACUAACUCUAACCAAAAGACUUCAUAAUCUGCCAAUGUGGUCAAUAGUGAUAAGACCUCCUUACUGUAGUAGCUGCUAGAUCCAGACUAAUGUCAGAAACCAGCACUGUGUUAUGUUUUCAUGCAUCGUUUCUGUCGUGUGACAAUUUUAGGAUGAAACAUGGAGUAUAAAGGGGUUUCAUUUUUCCUUUACUUUUUCCUCACUGCCAUCUGUAAAUUGUCCGGGUGCUGAAAUAAGCAGGUGACAUAAAAAAAAAAAUACCCAAUGCAGUAAGGAGCGGGAAAGGGCUAUGGGGGGGUAGGCGGGGAGGGGGAAAGGUCUG